CAAAUUUCAAACAUUAUUUAGCAAUUAAUCAACUUUUUUUCUUUUCUUGUCAUGCUAAUCGAAGCGUGCAUUACAUUUAAUGAGGAAACAGAGUAGUUUAAUGUCCAUCAUUGUUUUUGUGUAUGUUCACCUGUGUAUUAGAUAAGUGAUCAGAAAUAAGAGAAUCAGUCUAUGUGGAAAUCUGUAAGUUGCUUUAGUAGGAGUGGAAUAAGUCGAUACACUAUAAGAAUUCGAUGUACUCACAAACGCCAGUCAGAGAGCAGACCGAUAAAUGGCGCAGAGAAUGUUCGGAUUAUUUUGCUAAUUACCCAGCAACGCGUUUCAUGUGCGCGUUCACUAACUUGUGGAGUUCUCCCGUAAUUAUUUUGAGAUCAUUACUUAUUUUAUGUGAAUGUGAUAAGUAGAUAAGGCCUUGAUACAUUUUUGAAUAAACGUUUCUAGCGAUGAAUCUAAACGAGACGUUUAAUUUUUCUGACUUUGAUACCCGGAAUCAUGAGUAUCCCCUACAUAUGCUCGAGUCAACGCCCGCCGGUGAGGCGGCUGUGAAAAUUACAGUAUAUGUUCUACUUAUUUUGAUAGCCCUAAUUGGAAAUACUCUCAUCAUAUUGGUGGUGCUUAAAAAUAAACGAAUGCAAACGACCACAAACUAUUUUCUUGUUAAUUUGGCGGUGUCCGAUUUGGUAGUUUCUUUAAGCUGCUCUUGGGUCCACCUGGUGGAUGAUUUGACUGAAGGAUGGGUUCUUGGAGAAUUUUUCUGUCCAUUCAACACUUUUGCUCAAGUGGCAUCUCUCGUAUCGAGCAUCCUUUCACUAACUUUGGUGGCAUGUGACCGUUUCUUUGGCAUAGUUUACGCCAUGAAAGCUCACAUCAUAGAAAGAAAAGCAAAACCAGUGAUUAUAGCAAUAUGGAUAGUUUUGACUGCAGUGGCAAUACCUAUGUUGAUAUACAGAAGAGUGCAUGAACGACAUUGGAAGAAUCACAUAGAAAAAUGGUGCGAUGACGUAGAAUGGUCAAUAGAUUUGGAAAAUGGAGAAUCCCAUUAUCAUCGGCCUGCCCGUGUUGCGUACUGGACAUGUGUUUCGGUCAUACUAUUUUUUCUGCCCAUCGUCGCCAUGUUUGGUGCAUAUUGUGGAAUAAUAAAAACACUUUGGUCAACUAAAAUACCAGGGGAGCGCGUUUACAAAGAAAAUAUGGUGCAAACAAAAAUGAAAAGAAAGGUGAUAAUUAUGCUGAUAGUUAUUUUGGCGGUGUUCGCUCUCUGUUGGUGUCCAUUACAGAUAACCAUUUUAUAUUCCGAGUAUAGAGGGAACCAUACUAAGAGGCUUGAAGAAUGGUAUAUACAUUUAGAAUUUUCCGCCAGAUUACUCGCAUUUUCAAAUAGUGCAUUUAAUCCUCUAAUAUAUGCCGGCUUUAAUGAAAACUUCAGGAAAGGUCUCUUCAAUCUUUUGGGUUGUUACAAAAAGAUACGUUGGACACCAGUCAAUCGAAUGGACUCGUUUAGAAGUACAACUUUAAAUUCGACAAAGUCAGAGCAUCUAGAUUUAAUUAACCGCCAUUAUUUUUCUAAAGAAAGCCUUGAGCGUCCAGCGUCAAAAGCGUUAUAUUCCAUAUAGAGAGACACGGAGAAGCACAACCACUGUAACAUUCAACGCCGUAGUGGCCGAGGAUGUGCUGUAACGGGAUCAUCUCAUACUCAUUGUAUAUUCAGACAUUUAUACAUGUUUUACUGUUGUUCUUUAUUGCAUGAUUUUAUGUAAUGAAUAAAAAAUGUUACUUUGUU